AUGACCAAAUUUGUUGAUGUCACAAAACUGAACGUAAUGAAUUAUGAGGAGGAUGCAAGGAGGCUUCAAGAGUACAAACAUGAAUCUCAGCAGCUGACCUCCUGUGAACUAAACAGAGCAGCCUCCCAGACAAUUGACAAUUACGUUCCACAGUGUACUACAGAGGGCAGGUACAGGAAUGUGCAGUGCACGAAAGAUGGACAAUUCUGCUGGUGUGUCAAUAACAAGGGUGAUGCAGUGUUAGGUAGCAAUCAAACUACAUCACCAACUGCCUGCUUAUCCUUUUGCCAGCUCCAUCGCCAGCAGGUUCUGGUAAGUGGUUAUGUGAAUAGCAGCAGUACCUCCUACAUCCCACAAUGCACAGAAACAGGGGACUAUGAGAUUAUGCAGUGCAGCACUGCCCCCCGACAGUGCUGGUGUGUCGACAGUGAUGGGAUGGAAAUCUAUGGAACACGUCAGGACAAACGGCCACUGCAAUGUCCCACAAGCUGCGAGGUCCAAGAUCGGCGAAUUCUUCAUGGCAAUGGAGUGAGGUCCCCACCUCAAUGUUCCAAAGAUGGGAAGUUCUUGCCCGUCCAGUGUAGGUUCAUCAACAGAACCAACAUGAUGAUCUUUGACUUACUCAAUAAUUUCAACAGAUUUCCGGCUGCAUUCCACACAUUCAGUGCCUUCAGGAGAAGUUUUGCCAAUGUUUCUGCUUACUGUUAUUGUGCUGACAGUUUGGGACGGGAACUUCAGGCCACAGGUCUGGAGUUGUUAUUGGAUGAAAUCUAUGAUACCAUCUUCAAUGCUUCGCAAAAUGGGCACUCGUUCACAGACACUGGCAAUUAUCGCAUUCUGCAGAGGAGAUUCCUUGCCGUGCGACUGCUGAUCACCGGCAGGUUUAGAUGCCCGACAAAAUGUGAAAUUGAGAGGUUCACAGCUUCCUCGUUUGGUAAUGUCUUCAUCCCCUCAUGUGAUAACAAUGGAAACUAUCUCCCAGUCCAGUGUCAGAAGGGGAGUCUGUGUUGGUGUGUAGAUUCCAAUGGACAAGAGAUCUUUGGAACAAGGCAACAGGGGAGUGUGCCCGACUGCAGCAAUGACAAGAGUGGCUGUAAGUCUGAGAGAAAACGCAUGCUGUCACGACUUUUCUAUGGACCUGUUGGCCACUUCAGUCAAAACGAUAUCUUUGCUGCACCUACAUCUCUGAGUCCGACGCUGGAAAGGAUUGGUAUGUCUCUACGCCACUGCAGCCCAGACCUGAAACAACUGUUCAUAAAAUCUGGAUUGCUGCUUUCUAUCUCCCAGUUUGUAGACCUGGACAUUGGUCAGGCUGACCUAGAAGUAAUUCUGAGUGAGAUUGUACAGGGGACAUUUCUAACAAAGGAUUUAGCACUCACUGCCCUUCAGUUUUCUGCAUCCUCAAAAUUCUUUGUCGAAAAUCUGUUUGGAGGCAAGUUUCUGAAGAACCUGAGUCUAUUCAAUUUCACCGGCAGCCUAGGGAGUAGGGGGACAUUUAAUUUCAGUCAAUUCUUCCAGCAAAUUGGCUUAAGAGGAAUGUACAGUGGGGAAAACUUUGUGGAACUUGCCAAAUUGUUCUCUCCGAUUGAAGACUCCUAUUUCUCCAAAGGAACCUCAGAAUUCUCCAAGGACACCUUCAACUUGAAUCAGACAAUUGAGGACAACUUUGGGAGGCCAGUAAAUUUACAAGAGAAUCAGAAUAUGGUGAAGCUUAUAAAUACUCUGUUUGAGGAUCAGAAUGUUCUUACAACAUUGCGUGAAAUCAUUACCUUCUUUGGUGGACAGGAUGAUAACUUAGCUGAAACAAUCCAACUGGUGUUAAGGAGUGCGAAGGUUGGUAUCUGUGAACGCCCGACUUCAAAUCUCUUUGUUCCGAAGUGCACUGGAGACGGACGAUAUGAAGAGGUCCAGUGUCUAGGCACAGAUUGCUGGUGUGUAGACAGUCAAGGGUUGGAGAUUCCAAACUCAAGAGUCCGGGGUCAAAGGCCACAAUGUCCCACCAAGUGUGAGCAAGAACGUAAGCGAUUAAUAGAUUUGAGAGAACACCAAUCAGCGGGAUCUGAUGUGUUUAUCCCUUCAUGCAGAAGUGAUGGUAAUUUUCAGUCCAUGCAAUGUGAUGGGAUGAACUGCGUUUGUGUAGAUCUCCAGGGUAGGAAGAUACCUGAACUAAGGAAGAUAACUGGAGGAGGCGUGUUGUGUCCUAGUGCUUGCCAAUUGUCUGCUGCAGAGAAUUUUUUAAAGACAAUUGAGAUAUUGCUGUCAGAACCAAACUUGCUCUCAGUGCCUUCGGUCUACGUACCUCAGUGCAAGGAAAAUGGAGACUGGCGACAAGUCCAGUGUGAUGGCCUUCCACAGCAGGUCAUUGAAUUUUAUCAACAGUGGAUUUCUCAGAAUAAUGGAGGCCAGGAUAUGUCAUUCACUGCUAUCUUAAAUGAGGUCAUUGAUUACCGCAGAUCAUCUAAUGUCUCCAAGAGUUUUGAGAUGUUUGUGAAGGAACUCUACAGAAAGAGGCAUCACCAUGUUUUUUCAGUUUUUUCUGCUUUCUCAACUUUUGACUCAAUUUCUGCUGACGAUGUUGCAGCAAUUGUCGCCUCUAAACCUGGCACUAAUAUCUUGCUGAAUCCUUACGUGUUUUGGCAGUUGUUGUUUGGUGCUGUGACACACUAUCCUGGUUUAUACACUGAUUUCAGUGUGAAAUUGAAUAAGAUGGAGCUGCGUAGAUGCUGGUGUGUUGAUGAGAAAGGACAAGAACUUCCAGGGACAAAGGCUGAAAUGGGUCGAUUUCCCCAAUGCCCAGGAUCCUGUGAUCGUGCUGUUCAACAAAUCAUUCAUUUUACUGUUCAGGCAGAGGAAAUAAUGGUGGAUUCUAAAAAUUCCAAUAUUUCCUUUGGCCAGGCUUUCUUAUCUGCCAGUGGUAUACAACUGACUGAGAGUGAACUUCAGUCUUUUGGGAAGUUCCAAUCAGCUCCUUCCUUUUCUGAAGCUUUGUUGAGUGGAGCUGACUAUGCUGUUCGAUUGGCUGCCCAAUCCAGUGAGCAACUUGAUUUAAUGCCUAAAUGUGCACAUUAUUGUGCUGACCUUGAGUUAAACUGUCUUGCAAUUCUGAUUCUGAGAAAUCAAUUCACCAGAGAAGGGAUUCUUGGGGAACUAACUCUAAAAGGUUACAGCCCUUACAUCCCCCAAUGUGAUGGCCUUGGAAACUGGGAAUCAACUCAAUGCUUUGAGAGUACUGGUCACUGUUGGUGUGUUGAUAAUUCUGGAAACUAUAUUCCUGGUUCACUGGUUAGUCGCCUGACCCAGAAACAUCAAUGUCAGACUCCAUGUCAACGCUCUCAAACAAAUGCUGCAGUGGCUGGAUGGAAGCGAGUGGGUUUUCAGGUUAACUCUAUAACCAGGGAAUUAUUUAAUCCAACUUGUUCUGCGAGUGGAGAAUACAAUAUCUUGCAGUUGUCAGAUUCUGGAGAUGGUAAAGCUUGGUGCAUUGACCCAGUGACAGGAAAAGCUUUUCAACCGGCUGUAACUGAUUCAAAUGGGCAGAAACAUUGUUCCAGCAGAUGUGAAAUUCUCAAUAGUCAAGUGAUGCAGCAGGAGGUGGGCAUAGGGUACAUCCCAGUAUGUGAGGAAUUUGAUGGUUCCUUCUCUGCUGUUCAGUGUGAUCAGGGCAAAGGGAGGUGUUGGUGUGUCUUUACAAAUGGUGAAGAAAUCCCUGAAACAAAAGUCAACACAACAACUGGAUUGAAACCUGCUUGCAACCGCCCACAGUGUGCAUUACCCUUCAAUUCUCCUGCUGUGUCAGAUGGCAUUGUACUGUGUAAUGAGGUACCAAAUGGUCAGUCUCUGCAACAUUGCCGUCUGAUUUGUCGUCAAGGCUACCAAAGUGCAUUUGAUGGGACAAAAUUUGUAUGUGAUACACAGAACAAUAAGUGGAUUACAGAAUUCCCACAUCCAGAGGCCUGCCAGAAAAUCAACCUAUUUCAAGUGGCUCUGGCACAAAGAAGGUUUCAACUUCUGUUGCCUCCCGGGAAAGCAUGUAACAGUGAUUAUUCAGGAUUACUCAAAGCAUUUAAAAUCUUCAUUACUGAUGAUCUGAGAGUGAGAGGAUUUUGUCACAUUCAGGUGACUAUUUCUGGAGAAACAUUGCUGAUCUCAGUAUGUGAUGACUCAACUGUGUCGGUUGGAUGUUUGAACAUAAACCACUUAGGAGUAAAUGUUACUUGGAAAGUACAUCUUCAGGAUAUCCCAGCAUCUGCUCUUCCUGAUCUGCAUGACAUAGAAAAUGCUCUCCUGGGUGAUGGGCUGAUUAAACGUUUCACUGAACUGAUUAACAGUCGGAACUAUCACCUCACUCUGGAUUCCAAACAGUUUUUCGCAGAUAUCUUCACCGAUAUUCCUACAGACCAAAGCCAUGUUCACCUUGGAUGUAGUGAUGGUUACACAAAGAUUUCAGUUACUCAGAGAAGUGGUCACAAUGUUAGUGGGUGUGGUUUAACAGAGUGUGAAACCAGUCCUUGGAAUCCAGCUUGUGAUUCUCUAGGACAAUAUAGAGCAGCUCAGCAAAAUGCCGACACUCAGAAAUCUUUCUGUGUCACUUUGAAUGGAGAGCAAUUGCCUUGGACUGAAACCGUCAGCCCUCUCACUGAGUCUGAUUGCAUUGUGUUCCGACAGUUUGAAAGUGUUGAUGAAUCCCAGCUGAUUCUGAACUCAGAAGGCACAGACAUCAUCAAAGUUUUACCAGUGCAGGCUGAUCGUCAGAGACAGCUUCUAGAUUGUUUCACAGAAUGCUCAGGAAAUGAGACAUGCGACUUUCUGGUGUAUUACCACAAAGGGGAGGUAUCUCAUUGUGAGCUUUACAGUACCUCUGAAUCCAACUUGCUUUGCAAAACCUUUGGACAGGAGAUAUAUUUCCAAGACAUGAUGAGUCAAGGAUUUCUGGGGAGUUCAUCUACAGUCAAAUAUGAUGGGAUUAGUUGCCAGCUCAGGAUCAGCAGUAAUGGUGAUGGAAAUCUGAGUGUCUACCGGAAAAAGGGUCAUGAAUUCACGACAACAUUCCACAAGAUCUUCCUGCGGACAGAUUUUCGUAAUGUGAUUACAGGCGUAUACCAGGCAAUAGCUUUUUCUGCACGUGGUUCAAGUUUAACAGAUGUACAUCAUUUCUGCAGACAGGCCUGUGGCAAGGAGCAAUGCUGUGAUGGCUUCAUAUUGAGCCAGAUAAUCAUUGAUGAAGGUACCCUGCUCUGCGGCCUAAUGAGUUAUCCAGAUGUUCUGCUUUGCAACGAUAAUGACUGGCAGGCAACAUCCCUGCUUGAAGGAGAGGGUGUAUGUAGAGGUGUGAAAUCCAACACGGAGAAGAAAACAUUCAUGUUCAGCUUUGGAGGCCUGGACUUCACUGGCACUUAUGCACUUUUAUCGAAGAAUUUUGUGAAUACUGAGUACUCCACAGAACUGUCUCCAGAAAUGAAGGAAGAGAUUCAGAGAUCAUUCAACUCUUUCCAGCGUAUCUAUCUCUGGCAGGAUUCUAACAUGAACACACGGAUGAAGUCAUUCUCUGAAUGUGCUGGGAAAAUCCUUCAAGAUCAACAGAGCCUAGAUGUGCCAGAAAACACCAGAGAAAACUUUUCACAGUUGGGCUCUAAGCUUGUCCGAGUAGAUCUGAACCAAUCCGUUCCAAACCAGCGUUACCAGCUCUUCAAGCACCAGUUUUCAAUGAAACAAGCAGAGCUGUGGUGUCUGGCACGUUGUACAGAGGUGAACAUUUGCAAAGUGGCAACUUUACAGGACAGUGCAGCCCUUCAUUUUGAAUGUGUACUGUACCCAGACACACAGCUUUGCCAAAAAAGUAGUGACUGGAUAUUUUCUGAAACAGACUGUGGCCUUAUCCUACCUGAGGAACCACAAAUACUGUACAGGAAAAAAGAUGUGCUUGGAGGACGUGUUAAAAAUUUCUAUACCCGCUUGCCAUUUCGUGAGGUGCAAGGCAUCUCAGUAAGAAACAGACUGAAUGUGACUGAAAGAGGGAUUCAAACUGGGUUCUUUGAAUGUGAACGCUUGUGCGAUGAAGACUCCUGUUGCAAAGGAUUUGGAUUUCUGAAAGACCCACGACUUCCAGGUUUGGAGAUAACAUGUCUGACACUCAACAGUCUUGGAGUACAGUCCUGCAGUGAGGAAAUUCAGAAUUGGCAUGUUGUAGACUGUGAGUCAACUGAUGUGAAAGCACCAACUUAUCACUUUGGAUGGUACCAAAAGCCUGUGAACCAGUGGAAACAUACAGGAAACAUUUGCCCCCCUGUCAGCCUUCCUCCACUUCCUCAAAAAGUGCUACUGAAUAACUGGAACAUCCUCAAGGUAUCCCCAGGCCUCGAUCCCACAAUAACCUUUUUUGAUGUAUUGCACAUCGAUAGUGGCAGUCCUGUGAUGACUGAAGAUUUCAGAAACUAUGCCAGAGACAGGUGCCUGUCAGCAUGUGUUUCCAGCCACACUUGUGUUACAGUUUCGCUUCAGCCUCAGCUGUCAGGAGUCAGGUGUCUUUUUUAUCCUGACACCCACAACUGCCACCCUGGAUUGCAAGGCCAUGACUGCCAAAUGUUUGUCAAGGAAGAAGCGGAGGAAGUCUAUUAUAAGAAACCUAUUGGAGGGUCGUGUACUGGUCGUUGUGGGAUGUACCAACCUGAUGAGGUUUGCCAGUGUAACUUGAAAUGUGAAGAUUAUGCAGAUUGCUGUCCUGACAUUCAUACCUGCUCUGACCCUUCCUUAUCCGAAUCCCAACCCCAGUUGACAUCCAUUUUCCUUCCGGGUCAUGGAAUCUUGUUUGGAUCUAGUCAGGUGACCCAGGUUGGUGUGGAAUGGAAGACUGUGAACCGUUUCUUGGGUGUCCCAUAUGCAGCUGCUCCUACUGGUAAAAGCCGAUUCAAGGCCCCAGCAGCCUUUAAUUGGACUGGAGAAUGGAAUGCAACUUUCUACAGGCCUAGCUGUCUACAGCCAGGAGAUGCAAAGGCCAUCUACUCCACUGUAGAUGAAGACUGUCUCUAUCUAAAUAUAUUCGUUCCCAAGAGCAUUGCUAGAAACAAUGCUGUGCUGGUCUUCUUCCAUAACGCGGCUGUAGAUUAUAAAGGAGAGAGACAGACAAACAUUGAUGGAUCCUACCUGGCAUCUAUUGGAAACAUCCUGGUUGUGACAGUAAACUAUAGAGUUGGAGUAUUUGGAUUUCUGACUGAUGGCACUGAUGCAAUGACUGGCAACUGGGGCUUGCUGGAUCAGAUGGCUGCUUUACAAUGGCUGCAGAGAAAUAUUGGCUACUUUGGAGGAUCACCAUCUCAAAUCACUAUUGCUGCAGACCGCAGUGGAGCUGACAUCACCAGCAUGAACCUUAUGAGGAUAUCUUACAGCAGACUUUUUAAAAGAGCCAUACUAUUGGGAGGAUCAGCCUUGUCUCCGAGUGCUGUGAUGAGUAAGAAGAGAGCCCAGCAACAAAUCACCAAACUGGCUGAAGAAGUUGGCUGUCCACCCUUUAACAAAACAAUCUUAUUACCCUGUCUCCAUGCUCUACCCGCACUGACCCUGAAUGCUGCACAGACCAAGCUAUUAGCUGUCAGUGGACCAUUCCAUUCAUGGGCUCCCAUAGUGGACGGGGUUUAUCUGCAGGAGCCUCCUGUCACUGCCCUAACCCAUGACCGAUAUCACAAGGUCGACUUAUUGAUUGGGAGCGCAGAGGAGGAUGGGCUUGUUAGAAGAUCAAAAACACUCAAGAAGUUUGACGAAUCUUCCGAAAAAUCAACAAGUAAAACAGCUUUCUAUGAAGCUCUUCAGAAUGCGCUGGGAGGAGAAGACUCAAACUCACUCAUCAAGGAUGCAGCAACUUGGUUUUACUCGUUACAGCACUCUCUGGCUGACUACGCUGCCUUCUCUAGGGUUUUAGAGAAUGCCACACGGGACUAUUUUAUCAUUUGCCCUGUUGUAAAGAUGGCUGCUCAUUGGGCCAACAGAACACGAGCCAAUACCUUCAUGUACCAUGUACCAGGAAGUUUUUCUCAACACAGGGCAAGCCUUCCGUCAGAUGUGCAGUUCAUUUUCGGCCUGCCCCUUCACCCAGACUCUGAACAGCUAUUCACGGUACAGGAGCAGAGCCUGUCUCUCAUAAUCAUCCAGUACAUUGCCAACUUUGUCAAAUCGGGCAACCCCAACUAUCCAUUCAACUUCUCCAGGAAUUCUGCUAGUGAGACUCUACCUCCAUGGCCUAGUUUCUUGGACAGUACUGAAGGCAGUAACUACAAAGAAUUUGCACUCGCCCUUAAAAAUAAAAAAGGAUUGAAAACAGCAGAAUGUUCUUUCUGGAAUGAUUACAUUGAGACAUUUUUGGCAUCCACAGGUGAUGUCAGUGAGAAUGAACUGAGCAGAGAUCAACAUGGAGAAGUCUUCCCACCACCACUCACACAAACACAACCACAGCCAGCAAAGGAAGUUUACAAUUAAAAUGAAAAUAUCUCCACCACCAUUGACUUCAAAUGCUAAUUCUGAUUUGUCUUAGAAACAUUUAAUGGAAAU